AUACAUAUCCAUGCGCACACAAGCCAGCCGGGAGCAUAUCUGACAUACGGGACAGCGGCUUUUUACUUAUUUAUGACAAACAUUUUAAUUCCGAUUUGAAAAACAAAUAAGAUGUUGGCUGGUAUAUUUAGAAGACACAUCCUUAUUGCUCACAAGCAGAUGUCCUGCCUGUCUGCUGCUGCCUCAGCCAGGGUGUCUGAUGCCUCCUAUGGUUCCUGUCCCCUGUGGCCUUGCAGGGGCUCCUCGGCCAGGCUGCUCCCUAAAAUAAGUGAUGCUGUUGGACUUGGUCAAUUGAGGACCCAGUACUUCCACAGCUCUGCUGCGAGGCUGAAGAAACGACAACAACCAGAGCCUCCACCCAGAGAGUUGGACCUGCUCCGUUAUGACAUGAGAGACCUGGGAAAGAGCCCCAAACCAGCGCUGUACCUGGGCCUCUCCGGCCUCAUCCCUUUCAUCUCUGCUCCGUUCGUCAUGGCUGUGACCGAGACCUACCUGCCAGAGGUGGCCUUCGCCCAGGUGGCCUAUGGAGCAUCUAUCUUGUCUUUCCUGGGUGGGGCGCGUUGGGGCUUUGCCAUCCCAGAGACUAGCCCGGCCAAGCCAGACUGGAUCAACCUGGCCAAUAGCGUGGUUCCGUCCCUGUUUGCCUGGCUGGCCAUGCUGUUCAGCGACACUAUUACCCCAGCAGCUAUGAUGGUCAUCAUGGGGCUAGGUAUCUCCCUACACUAUGACCUGUCUCUGCUGCCCACUUACCCCAGCUGGUUCAAAGCCCUGCGUACUAUACUGUCGGUGGUGGCCUUCCUCUCACUGGUGGCCACACUGGUUCUCAAGGGAGUCUACCCAGAGAAGAAGAUAUUCUCAGAGCAAUGAAUUCAUGCUACAGAGUAUAGACACAUUUGUAAUUGAACAUAUUUUAAGUGUGAAUGGAAAGAUAUCUAAAAGGGCAAAGAGUGUGUUUGUGAUGGGAUAUGUUUGAUUGUGUUAUUUAUGGUUCUUAAAAAAGGCUGACUGAUACUGAAAGUGUAUCCUUUAGGCUCUGGUUCUGGCAAAACUGUAAUGAGCAGGUGGUACGUUUCAGACAUCUGCUUUAUAUCGAUGUGGUGUGUCAGUGUCAUGCAUUAUUAUUGCAGAUAAUAAAACAACGGCGUGGCGGCGUGACCAGCCUCAGCCUACAAUGAA